GGAUGUCACAUGUACAAAUGUCAUAUUAACCCAGUCUAAGAUAGAUACAACAGACAACAAUGUAUCCAUCACAUCUUUAUAUUUACAUGUUUGUGAUAUUUGGAAGUUCACUUAGUGGUCAAAGUUUUGUUGAGAAUGAAACCUUUACUAAUCAGUUGUACAGAAGGAAAAGAAGUGUUAAUUGUGAAUCGUCGAAUACCCUGAAGAAAUAUAAUUUUUAUUCAGGACACACUGCAUGUUUGACUGCGUCAUCAUCUGCUGAUUUAGCCACUUCAGGUGUUACCGCAGAUGAGAAGACAGAAAUAGUAAAUAAACACAAUACCUUACGAUCUCUCACUCAAGCUACAAAUAUGAUGAAAAUGAGCUGGGAUGACGAAACUGCAUACAUAGCUCAAAAAUGGGCAGAAAAUUGUGUGACAUCACAUGAGUCUCCUGGUCUGAAACGGUCCAUUCCAGGGAGGUUUGGACUUGGUCAAAAUCUUUUCUGGGGAUCCAGAAAAUAUGCCUGGAGUGAAGCUAUACAAAGCUGGUAUGAUGAGAUCAGCGAUUUUACAUUCAAUGGUCAAAAUGUUUUCAGUAAAAUUGGACAUUAUACACAGGUUGUUUGGGCAGAUUCUAUUAAACUUGGUUGUGGUUAUGCCCACUGUACUACAACACGCAUUCAUUUGUAUGUGUGUAAUUAUGGACCAGCUGGUAACAUUGGAGACACAAGUAAACCAUAUAAACAAGGAACGCCAUGCCAAGACUGUCCGGGAAAUUGUGCCAACAAGUUAUGUGAUUGCGAUAAAGUUUGUUUAAAUGGAGGAUCCCUUGAUUUAUCAACAUGUACAUGUAAUUGUAAGAGUGGUUAUAGUGGACCAGAUUGUUCCUUGAACUGUGCAACUAAGACAGAUCCAGGAUAUUGUGGUACACAGUAUCCUCCUAGUUAUUGUGCAACCUUUAGUAAUGUCCCAUCAGAUUGCCCACAUAUGUGUCAAAUAUGCCCAAAUUGCGAUAUAGUUUGUUUAAAUGGAGGAUCCCUUGAUUUAUCAACAUGUACAUGUAAUUGUAAGAGUGGUUAUGGUGGACCAGAUUGUUCCUUGAACUGUGCAACUAUGCCAGAUCCAGGAUAUUGUGGUACACAGUUUCCUCCUAGUUAUUGUGAAACCUUUAGUAAUGUCCCAUCAGAUUGUCCACAUAUGUGUAAAAUAUGCCUAAAUGGUGGUGUUGCAGUAACUGGACCAAGCGACGGAAUUUCUAGUACUUCAACGAUCAAAACUUCAGAGCCCGUUACUAUUCCAUCGAGAAGUACAAGUCCUGGGAAGACUGACACUUCUCAAUCUACAACAGCGGUAACAGAAACAACAAAUCCUGCGAAAAGCGACUCGUCCAGAAAUUCAAGUGUUUUGAUGUGUAAUCUAUUAAUUUGGAGUUCUAUAGCCAUUGUUACCAUGCUCAAUAUUUUAUGAAAAAUAUUCGUUACAACAUAAAUAUUUACGACAUCACAGAAAUAUUAAAGAAACAUGAAAUAUGCUUACAAGGAAAAGUCAAUGUUAAGAGGUCAACAUACAAACAGAACUAUAAGCAAGUGACUAUACAAAAUGCCAAGUUCUAGAAAGUUAGGAAUAUAAUAAACAGGAUAGGCUAUUAUUACCAUUCAGUAGAUUAAACAAACGAAUACGUUGUCCCCAUGUAUCUUUUCUCUCAUUUGUAUAAUAGAAUUUUCUUAUUAUACCUCUAUUUCAGGCGUCGGCGCUAUGUUGUGUUUACCUUGUCCAUCCGUCCGUUCGUCAAUACUUUGGUUUUUUUCUCUCAAUAUAAACGAAUGUAAUUUAGUCACACAUUUCUCCAAUGCUACAGAACAGAAUCACUUCUUAUUUGGACAGCAGCUCAACAGACGUUUGUGCGUUGUUCUGGUCCUUCAAAACACUUAUUUUAUUUUCACUUUGCCGAUACUUUGAAUUUUGGGUGGGGGCAUGCUGAGUACAAUUCGAG